CUGGCACUGGUAUAGACCCAGUUGCCAAUCGGGAUCAAGCAUUUGGUAUUCUUAGAGGGUGUCUACAUGGGCAAGCAUUAGAAUGUAUGGGUGCUCUUCGGGGACACACUAUGGCACAGAUGAAUAUUAGUAAUAGCUUUAGAAAUCCUUCAAUUGCCCAUGACUAUGCAAAUACUGCUAGUAAUAAUGCAGUAACU